UUGUCAGUCUUCUCCCUUCUCUCUUCAACCUUCUCCAAAACUCUCUCAUCCUCUGCAAACAAACCCAAUAACUUUCACCAUGAAGUCAUGAACUAACCCCCAUCACCACCGCCACCGUUACCGCCACCGUCACUGCCACCGCAACCGUCUCCACGGUCUCCAUGGCAGACAAUUUACCGUCACAAGCACCAACACCAGCAACCCCGUCAAUGCAAACUUCUCCCCCCAAACCCCUCCAAUCCCCGCCAAACCCUAUGCUGGACCCCACUCCCUCCUCCUUAACCCCCUCCACCCCCGCCACGUCAGCGCCCUUACUCCACCGCCCUCCUUCUCAGCCCGUCGCCACCCCGUCGACACCUCAACAACAACAGAACCAAUCUUCCUCUCCUUCUCUUGACCCACAAAUUCUCCAACAACAACAACAAAUGGUUCAGAACGUUAACGUUGCAGCCAUGUCGAAUUACCAAAUCCCACAAACCUUGAAUCGAUCCUCCUCAAUCUCACGGCUGAAUCAAAUUCAACAGCAGCAGCAGCAACAACAACAUUCUGCAUACACCGUCUUGAGGCAACAAGCUUUGUACGGUCAAGUGAAUUUCAAUCAACAGAAUCAGCAGCAAACCCAGCAAAACCCUCAACUAGGUUCUUCUAAUUUGUCACGCUCAGGCCUUAUUGGGCAGACGGGGCACCUGCCCAUGCUGACUGGGGCAUCCGCUGCCCAGUUCAAUUUACAGUCUCAAUUGCUCGCUUCGCCGAGGCAGAAAACUGGAUUAGUGCAAGGAUCCCAAUUCCAUCCUGGUAAUUCGCCUGGGCAGCCUUUGCAAGGAAUGCAAGCAAUGGGGAUGAUGGGGCCACUUAAUUUGGGCUCACAAUUGAGGGCUGGUGGGGCCCUUGCUUAUGCACAACAGCGAAUGAAUCAGGGGCAGAUGCGGCAGCAACUGUCACAACAGAAUGCUCUUAACUCCCCUCAGGUCCAAAACUUACCCAGGACUUCAUCUCUGGCAUUUAUGAACCCUCAGUUAUCUGGCCUGGCUCAGAAUGGACAGCCGGGUAUGAUGCAGAGCUCUUUGUCGCCGCAACAGUGGUUGAAGCAAAUGCCGACAAUGUCUAACCCUGCCUCACCUUCAUUCCGUCUCCAACAACAUCAGAGGCAGCCACAAGUCCUCUUACAGCAGCAACUGGCUUCGUCUUCGCAGUUACACCAGAAUUCUUUGGCCUUGAACCCACAGCAAUUAUCCCAGCUGGUUCAGCAGCAGCAGCCACAAAUGGGGCAUCCACAGAUGCAUCAAGCUCAACAGCAGACACAUACACAGCCGCAGUCACAGCUGCAGCAGCAGCAGCAACAACUACAACAAACACACCAACAACUACAACAGCAGCCAACCUUGCAUCAACAGCAACACCAACAGCAGCAGCAGUCUCCAAGGCUUCCAGGUCAUGCAGUCCAGAAAUCUCUUAGCUUGACAGGAUCACAACCAGAUGCAACUGCCUCUGGUACAACUACACCUGGGGGGAGUUCAAGCCAAGGAACAGAAGCAACUAAUCAGCUCCUUGGAAAGAGAAAGAUACAGGAUCUUGUUUCGCAGGUUGAUUCACGGGGAAAACUGGAUCCAGAUGUCGAAGAUCUUCUUUUGGAGAUUGCAGAUGACUUUAUUGACUCUGUUACUUCAUUUGCUUGUAGUCUGGCAAAGCACCGGAAAUCAUCAACUUUGGAGUCCAAAGAUGUAUUACUACAUUUAGAGAAGAAUUGGGAUUUGACAGUUCCUGGAUUCUCAAGUGAAGGGCAGAAACACCAGAGGAAACCGUUGUCAAGUGAUCUCCACAAAAAGCGUCUUGAUAUGAUUCGUACAUUGAUGGAAUCCUCGCAGCCUGAAACCAACGUGAAUAAUACUAGAGAGAUGAUGAGACCAGGCUUCAGCAACCAAGUUGGUGUCAAUAACUUUAUAAGAGCUUCACCAAGUUCUGAGCAGUUUGUUUCACAAGCAGCUGGUUCUCAAAUGCUGCAGCAAAUAACACGGUAUUGAUGGAUAUUUGUUCCCGAUUGUAAUUUGGUCUUCAGGCUGAAUGGUGAUGGCCACAUGGACCUCAUUGGUGAGCAUUAUUGAAUCAAGAUUAACAAAAGCAAAAGCUAUAGUCGGAUCGCUGAAGCACGGGCUGUAAUAACUCGGCAAGUAGUAGUAUGAAAGAACAAAUUCCCAGAAAGUUUACCUCUAAUUUUUCAUUUUACGCUGUUGAUUUAUGUCUAUUUGCUUUGGUGAAUCAAAAUAUAGUUCUCUAUUCAUAGUCAUAGGCACAAAGUUAAGGUGAGUUUGCAUCCCAGUUCAUCAAAGCUCAUUUAAGUUUAACCAGCAUAAAUGAAGCUUUGGUUCUGGUCGCUCUUGUUAUGUUUAUAGAUUAAGUUCUGGUGGCUCUUCACACAUCUUAUUUGUCUUUUUUUUUUUUUUUUUUUCAUGAUUUAGACUUUUAUACUUUUGUAUAUUAGUUUACAAAUUAAUAGUGCAGGAUUUGUUAGCUUUG